AUAAAACAGAGGGGGUUGCCACCGCGGAGCCAGAGUCUCGAUGCGUUGCCGCAAUAUCCACCAAGGCCCUACAGAACUUCUGCUUCUGGAAACGGUUCUCCGACAAGGAGGAGCCCGAGCCCCAUGAAGAAACCCAAUCAACUUCCCGGUACGCCGAGUAGUAUUAAGCGAGUAAGUAUGGAUCGAAGUGCUCCUCCGACGACAGGCGGGCGGCGUGGGUCAGCGUCAGAAGGCGAGGUGAAGACGGCGGCGGCAACGAAGAUAGCCACAGCAUCAAUCAUCGCACGUCCGCCUGUCUUAUUGAGGCAGGAUUCUGGCACUGCACCGGCUCCUAACCCCGGACCGAGUAUGCCACGGUCCAGUCCUUCGACCAAUCAUAUCACUGAAACCGCCGAACAAGGAUCGAGUGAAGCUAAAUUUGAAGAGCAACCCAACCAAAAUGUACCGGAUUUGCGCAAGCCCAGUCCUUUGGCUCAGAACCACCUUCCAUCGCCUCCAUCCUCUCCUGUUCGGUCACCGGAAACGACCCCAGCACGUCCCCCCGCACCCACUACUUCUCAAGUGUCCGCGCCGCCACUGUCUGUGCUCGAGUCGCCCGUUGCUGCACCAGCGCCUGCUGAAGCGGUUGUUCGCACUGCAACCCCUUUGCCGUUUGAAAAAGCCUCAUCCAAGACCCUGAAGUCUCGCCUGAGGCGAGCGCUUUCGUUUUCGUCUGCAUCAGCGUUGAAGACAUCUAGAGACUCUGCAUACACUACCGAUGACUUCGGUGCCGCAACAAAUCUUCCUUCUCGAGGGUUGUAUGCACAGGGUGGACGUGCGUCUGGGUCUACCGAUAACCUUUCCAUUUCAUCCACCGCGUCUAGUGCAUCGGUGGUUUUACGCAAGAUGGGGAAGGGAAUGAAGCGUGGGUUGAACAUCUUCCGUAAGGGAUCAAGUAAAGAGAAGAACAAGGAAAUGAGUGCUAUCGAUGAAUACGUUGCGGAAGCAUCGAAGGGACCGGUUGUCGGUCAUGGUCACCUUGAGGGAGUAAAUGUUGACCCACAUGAUGUUACUGGGGGCGGGACUCACUUUCCGAGUUUUGUUGACGAUGAUGAAGGAAGACCUGGACUUGCUUCGCUCGCGGAGGAAGCCGGGGAGGAGGGCGAGGAGUCUUCGACAGAUCGACGAAAGAGUUUGAUGUUGGGAGAACGAGCAAUGCCAUCCGAGUUGCAGCCUGGGAAUACGGUCUCUGGCGUAAACGCGGAAGAGAAUGGGUACAUCGCAUCAAGACAACGGAACGGCGCCAUACCAAGGGGUAUCUUGAAGAAUGUCGACGAUCCGUAUGGCUUGAAGGGGACUUCUUUUGGUCAACAUGCUGCAACGCCGUCGAGUGUGCCUCCCUCACUCACUGCUCAUUCGAAUGAGUCUGAUUUGACGAUUACACUCGCGGAUCCGCCGACAUCUUUCAGUGCACUUCCAAACAUUGAUGCUGGUCCACGUCUGGCAUUUGGAUCGCCCGCGCCAUCUGAAACGAAUUCAACAGCCUCGAGCCCUGCGAAAUCCGCCAAGUUUCCCAUCUCGUAUGCCGCCGCUGUGGCUGCGCCUAUGACACCUGGCAACAGAGGUCCAUCAGCGAGGAUCAAGUUUGCACCGCAGAUCACGGUGUUUGAUACGUGGCAUGCGACGGAGUAUGAUCGUCGCGGUGAGAUUGCUACAUGCGCUCGACUGACGCCUAUUUUGGCACAACGGAUCAAGGAGGAGUUGAACGCUUUCAAGAUGGAUGAGAUGAUGGUUCACGAGCAAUCAAGAGUGUACACGCACUUCUUCUAACGUUGCAGAUGCUCGAAGGAUACUCUACGGCGCACUUUUCUUUUUAUUUCCAUCGGCUGAUUUGCAUGC